AUGCGAAGCCUUUCUAUUCUGCUCGUUGCCAUUUUCGCCACUGUUGCCAUUGGCAUCAGCGUCAAUGUUGGAGUCCAGACCUCAGAGCUGGCGUCACUCGAGUGUGACAUGUGUGAAAUGGCAGUAAAAACUGUUGUACCCAUGCUGGACCAGGACACGAAAGAUAUCGAAAACGCCGUGAAUGAGGAAUGCAAGAAACUGCUGCACAAAAUUCCAUUCGCAACAUCGAAAUGUAAGAAGUUCGUUGAUGAAGAUCUGAACAAAAUCAUAAAGGAACUUGAGUCCGGUACCGCUCCUGCUGACGUUUGCAAGAAGAUCGGCAUGUGCUGA